AUGCAUUUUUCCACCAUUGCCCUCUUCCUUGGCCUCACGGCUUCUUCCCUGGCUGCUCCGGUCCCGGGCUCUGCCAAUGGACUCAGCAAGCGUGCCCUCCUCACUGAGCAGAGCUACGCCGACUUCCAGAUCUCGGACGGCGUGGCUGGCAACGCUCUCCAAGAAGUCAACCAGAAGUUCCCCAUCACCGACCAGGACCCGGCCAACAUCUCGGACGAGGACCAGGAGAUCAUCUCGAAAGCACGCGAGACGGCCGAGGACGCGGAGACCGGCACCGGCGGCUUCAACGAGCAGAUCGAGGCGGCAGGCGAGGACACUGACGAGGGCAAGGCGCUCCAGGUGGGCAAGAUCAAGAACAAGGUGCUCAAGCUGCAGCUUGAGAUCAUGGAUCUGCAGAUCAAGCAGGCCAAGGGUGACGAUCAGACGGAGAAGAUUGCCGAGGAGCAGACGAAGCUGCAGAAGAACAUGCAGCAGGAUGCCGAUGCGGCGGGACAGGCGAGCAAGAGCGUUGCUGAUACCUUCCAGGCGUCGUCGUGA